GGAGAGGCGAGAGUGCGAUCUUUUGUUUUGGUUCUUUUACCAUGUGCUUAAUAAUUUUUUAUUAGUGUCCAAUAUUAAUACUUUGAGCUAAAUAACAGAAAGAUGCAACAAGCACAUAGACCAGGAAAUCUGAAGCAGAGCAAUAAAGCUCAUAAAUCUCGCCACAGGUCCAAACGCGGAAUAUCAGCGGCAGUGAAAGGAAAAGUAAACGUUAAAGAGUUUGUCAGACGCAAUCGCCACAUUUUGAAGAAAGAAGAACGUCGACACCAAUCCUUGCAAAUACGUAAAAAUAAGCGUGAGGAAGUGUUGUCUAAGAAACGUGCACUAGGUGGGAACCGUAACCCUCCGUUUUUAGUGUGUAUUGUUCCUCUGAAUGCUCAACUAGAUGUCCAGUCAGCAUUGGCUAUUUUAAAAACUUGUUCUGAAGGUGCCAUUGUUUCUCAAUCAGAAAAUGGCGUAUUGCAUAUUGGCUUACCAAAUUUCAAGCAACGUUUUUCCUUUAUUUGCCCAGAAGUGGGGAAUGACUUUGCUCUUCUGGAUGCCCUUAAAAUAGCUGACACAGUAGUCUUUGUCAGUUCUGCUCUAGAUGAUCCUGUGGACGAUUGGGGAGAAAGAGUUUUGGCAUUAUCAAUGGCACAGAGCAUGCCAACUCCUGUUGUUGUUGCCAUGGACAUAGAAGGAGUCCAUCCAAAGAAGCGUACAUCUGAAAAGCAAAAUGUACAAAAGCUAAUCUCAAAGUGGUUGCCUGAAGAAAAAGUAAUGCAACUAGACAAAAGUUCUGAUGGAUUGAAUUUACUGCGUAGAAUUGGAAACCAAAAAAGGAAUGUUUUGCACCACAGGGAAAAGAGACCAUAUUUAUUAGCAGAAGAUGUUGAAUAUGUAGCUGAUAGUGAAGGAGAGUGUGGCACAUUGAAAAUAAGUGGUUAUUUGAGAGGAAUGCCUCUGAAUGUCAAUGGUUUGAUUCAUAUUACUGGGCUGGGUGACUUCCAAAUGUCUAAAAUUGAUGGCCUUGAUGAUCCACAUCCCUUGAGCUUGUCCAAAGAGAACAAUAAGUCAGAUUCAAUGGAAGCUGAAGUAACUAAAGUUACAGUGCUACAAGUUGCAGAUUCUACUAAACAGGAGAGCCUGACUUCAGAAAAUAUUCCUGAUCCUAUGGAUGCAGAACAAACUUGGCCAACGGAAGAAGAAAUUGAACAAUCACAAAUGGAGACAAAAAAGAAAUUAGUCAAGAAAGUUCCCAAAGGCUGGUCAGAUUAUCAAGCAGCUUGGAUUGUAGAAUCAGAUGUCGAGGGUGAUGGUUCAGAUGACAGUGCAAGUGAGAGUGACGAAGAGGAUGAUCAGUUUAUGUCAUGUGAAGAAGACAACUCUGACAAUGAAGAAAAGGAGGAAGAUAAUGAUUUUGAAUCAGUCACUGAAUCAGAGGUUGGAGUGUCAGAUGAAAAGUAUGAUGCAACUAUAGAUGCUCAUGAAGAACAUGAAAUGCUGCAGAAAUUGGCAGAAGCAAGGGAAGACCAACAGUUUCCUGAUGAAGUGGACACUCCGCAAGACUUGCCCGCUAGAGAACGGUUCAUGAGGUACAGAGGCCUGGAAUCAUUCAGAACUUCUUCUUGGGACCCUAAAGAAAACUUGCCAGCUGAUUUUGCACGCAUAUUUCAAUUCGAGAAUUAUGAUCGCACUAGGAAAAGGAUUUUCAAAGAAAAUGAAGACAGUCUUAUCAAUAUGUACGGCUUUUACAUAACAAUACACGUGAAAGAUGUCCGUCAAGAUCUAUGGAAAGCAUUUCAUGCAGCAAAUGGCUCUGCCCCCUUGGCAGUAUUUGGAUUAUUACCUCAUGAGCAUAAGAUGUCUGUGAUGAAUGUAGUACUGAAGCGAACUGGAGCAAGUGAUGAGCCAAUAAAGAGUAAAGAGAGGUUGAUUUUCCAAGUUGGCUACAGAAGAUUUAUAGUUAAUCCAAUAUUCAGUCAACAUACUAAUGGCGGCAAACAUAAGUAUGAAAGAUUCUUCCAACCUGCAUCAACAUGUGUGGCAUCAUUUUUCGCGCCUAUUCAAUUCAGUCCUUCCACUGUUCUUUGCUUUAAGGAGAAAAGUAACACAAAACUACAAUUGAUCGCAUCUGGUGUUUUACUGUCGUGCAACCCUGACAGAUUAGUCAUUAAAAGAAUCAUUUUGUCUGGUCAUCCUUACAAGGUAAACAAGAAGUCUGCCGUCAUCAGAUUCAUGUUCUUCAACAGAGACGAUGUUAUGUAUUACAAGCCUUGCAAACUACGAACAAAGUAUGGGCGCACUGGCCAUAUUAAGGAACCAUUAGGUACCCAUGGUCACAUGAAAUGCGUAUUUGAUGGACAACUCAAAUCACAAGACACUGUGCUACUCAGCUUGUACAAACGCAUGUUCCCGAAAUGGACCUACGAAAAUUGUAUUGUCACAGACAAAGAUUGGAAAGGCAGUGAUGCAAUCAUGGAAUCAUAAAAUUUGUAAAUAAAAUAGUUAACAAAG